UGUGUGUGUAUAUAUAUCGAACAUUUAGAGCUAGUGUCAGAAGCAGCAGGAACAUCUAACAACUUGUUGGAAAAGGAAUCAACAUGCAGUUGACACAGACCAUUACAGUUUUUGGAUCUCUCUGCUUCCAGCUGUGUAAAGCAUCUACAGAUUUGUCUCAGGAUGGGCCUCCCAAAAUCCUUGGACCAAAAAAUAAUUUAAUCUAUGCCCGAAAAGGUAUGCCGUUGCGUCUAAACUGUAUGACAAAUUCAAAGUUUAGUGACUUCAGCGUGAUCUACUGGCUGGUCAAUGGCACCUUCCUUAAUCAAGAUGUCGUCAAUGGCAGAAUUACUGAGACAGAGGAGUCAGGGGAAUGUGAGGUUCUUCAGAGCAGUCUGAAGUUCACCACACUGCUCCCAGAGGAUUUCAGGUCCACCAUCACCUGCGUAGCAAUUAGUCCAGCUGGGAGGGACCAGAAGAAUUUCAAACUAAGGCAAAGACCAUCACAGAGGACAAGAUCACCAAGGCAAAGAAAUUAUAGAAAACAGAAGAAAAAUCCUGUCAAGUGUAUCUGAAAAGUGAAUUGUAUCAAACAGAAUUAUUCUGAUUAACACUUGGAUGUACAGCAUGGGUCAUUUUGAUUCAGUUGUUACUUCUGAUACAGGGCAUUAACUUUUUAGCUAUUUAUUAUGACUUUACUGUAAAAUGUGUGCCCUUUCAUUCACCCCCCCCC